AUGAAGAAGAAUACAGCUCAAGCAGUGAUGAAAGAAAUUUUGUGCUGACAGCGGUGUUUUCGCAUAUUUUCCAUCGAAGUCCAAAGGUCAAGGGGUCUUUUACGUGCACAUGGAUUUCUUAUCGAAGACGGACAUUUUAAAUAACCGGUCAUCUGUGCAAAUGCAAGUUUUAUCAAUCAGUUGUUGUGGGCGGGUUGGUUAAGCGUGCACGGUUAUUCAUUCAGCGAUGAUUCCCGUUCAGUGGAAAUUUAUAUCCGCCUUCUUUUACCUGUUUUGACAAUAUCCAUUGUGUCUAAUUUUGACUAUAGCCAGGUCUUGAUGACACGAGAAAUGUUUUUGUUGGUAUACAAUGAUGUCUUGUUACCGAUAAUAAGAAAUACAUUUUUGUUAUGUUUAGUAUAUAAGAUAGUUUAUUAUCGGUUUAUGGCCUACCAGGAGCAAAGAGUAUUGUAUAAGUCUUGUCAUCAAAAGUCCCUAACGUAACAAAAUAUAUUGAUACUAAGAAAAGUCUUAUUAAUUUCUGAAAACAAGGGGCAUGAAAAAGAAAUGGAAUUUAAUGGAACGGUUUUGAAUGGUAGAAAGUUAUUGUCGGAAAGCACGAAUGUAAAUUGUGCAGCGAGUGAAACGAUGAACAAUAGCGAUUUUAGUCACUGGCAUGGCGUCACACUAGUGAUAAAUCUGUACAUACCACCGAUUUUAAUAACUGUUGGUGUUUUAUUUAAUGUGUGUAUUAUAUUCGUUAUGAAUAGUCCAACAUUUAAAACAAUAUCAACUUCAUAUUUUAUGAUCACAUUAGCUGUUAAUGAUGCCAUGAGUCUGUGCAUUUCUUUGACAGCUCAUUGGUUACAUGUGAAUUUUCCCGAAACAAUUGUACGUACACAAUACUCCCACAUUAUGUGUCGUUUUUUCGAUUCUUACGGCUGGGGAAAUUGUGAUUUUGCUAUAAUACUUGUAGCGGCAAUGACUGCAGAUAGAAGUUAUGCCAUCCUCUAUCCUCUGAAAUGUCACACCAAACGAACACCAAGACGACUCAAGAUAGAAAUUGCUUUACUGGUUUUGGUUGUAGUUGCUAAAGAUGUUCACUUCUGGUUCGUGUCGGAUAUUGUACCAUUAGGGAGAGAUGAACGAUUGUGCGAAGUGCCAGUUCUGAAACUAACUAGCAGCUAUCGCUAUUUCUAUGAAGAUAUCUGGCCCUGGAUUCAUAUUACGUUUAUUGGUUGUUGUUUUGUGGUGAUUUUCGUGAGUAAUAUUGUUAUUAUAUUUAGUGUAAAGAAAUCAUCAAGGAAUAAAUCAAUAGUGAAUGGUCGAAAUUCAACGAUAAAAGAAUAUCCAACAGGAAGUAAAAAAUACCGAAAAGGAAGUAAAAACAUACGAAUAUCUCCCCGAAGUGCUCAAUUACGUCAAAUAGCUGUGAUGCUCCUUUGCAGUUCGUGUGUGCAACUUUUGCUUACUUUUCCAUUCUCUGUGCAUAUUGCCAUAGCUGAUAAAAUGGUGGAGUUAACUUGUAAUCCUAAUCAACAAUCGAUCAAUGGCUUUGUGUUCUCGGCAACAUUUUAUAUGCUCUAUUCAAAUAAGUGUGUUAAUUUCAUCAUAUUCACGUGCAGUGGAACGCGUUUUCGAAGAACGUGGCAGAAUAAACUAAACCAAUUCAUCUGUAGAAGGAAAUUUAAAUCACUCCAAAUAAAUCAUUCGACUAAGAACCCUAUUUCCGCACUAUCAUAUCCUACAGUGUCAUCAGAAAUUUUAGAAUCUACGAGAUUAUGAUUGUCAAUCAUCUGGAAUUUAGAUAACCUUAGUAAGGAUGGAAAUAGUUUUAAUGAGACAGUGACAUAUUUGACCUAAAAAUGAAUGUACAAUCGGGGAGGGGUCCUUACCAAGGAUAGCUGACCGAGUAGAAACCCUUGGUGAUACUAUAUUUUAAGAGGAUCUCUAACGCAGCAAUUUCCAGUUUUAAUAUUUAUUUCAAUUUUUUGUUUUGUUGAAUAUUUCGUUUGUUAUUUGCUGUUUUUAUUAUCAUAUUUAUCAUAACCGCUUUUCCCAUCAUUAUCAUCAACCAAACCAACCAUUAAUAUUGUGAUAUUCAAUACCUGUCUUUAAAGCCCCCAUCACACCAAAUAAGUUUUUAAAAACGCCCUACCCCGUCCUAGAAAAUCGUAAAACGGGUUGUGGUCAGGGAGAAAUUUGAAAAUAAUGUCUAAACUACGAUCCUAGGUGGUCCAUAAACAAUCUUCGAUAUCUCGUCUGCACCCCCUCCACAGUCAGUUCAUAUCAAGUUCAGAUCGAGUAAAUUUGCCAUUUCCAAGCAGUCCAAGCCCGUCCAUAGUAAGUUUAAACCAGUUCGUAACUAGUUAUACCAUGUUCCCAAUAAGUCCGUAAUUGGUUUUAUCUAGGUCUAACUAGUUUGGUGGGGUUGGAUGGCCGAAUGGUUAGCACGUGCGCGCUGUAUCAUAAGGUCUGUCAUUGAGUCAGCUAGCGUGGUUUCGAUUCCCCGGUUGUACGUGACAAGGAGUAGGGUCGCCUGUCCGACUCGUGGGUUUUCUCCGGGUCCGCCGGUUUCUUCCCACUUCUAAAGACCCCUACAUACAAGCGAAUUGUUGAAAUAAAAUUGAACCAUAUGUUAGUCCCGAAAUGAUCUAGUUAGUUUCGAUUGGACGUUAAACCCCAUUUCUCUCUAUCCCUCUAACUAGUUUGUAACCCAAUCACCCAGUUCAGAGACAGUUCAACUGGUCUCUGUCUCGUUCUUAGUGCGUUCGAAUGCAUUCCUAUUGUGUGUGCAAUCCUCUCCUGGCUUGAGGGCUGUACAAAUCCAUCGCGUUCUUCCCGUUCAUCGCGUUCUUCCCCGUUCAUCGCGUUCUUCCCGUUCAACGCUCCCAUGACACCAAACUAGUUCUGACUACGUUCUGGAAAAUGUUACCAAACAGACGCAAGAUGUGCAUGAACGGAAUGAACGUGGUAGCAAUUGUUUACGGUCUGUUUACGAACUUUGUGGACGGGCUCGGAUGCCCCAGAAAUUUGAGUCUGAUGUUGAAAAUGUUCCCCGUCCUGCAAUUAGACGGAGGGGCAACGUACUUAAAACGAGUGAACGCACUUAAACCUGAAUUGACGUACUAGUUUUUCUUAUUGUGUAUCAUAUAUUUUUACUAGUAUUAAAUUUGUAGGGUCGUGUUACUUAUUCAUUUGUUGGAAAUUGAAACCAUGGUUAUUUAGCCGUUUUUGCUUAAUUUAAAAACGCAUAAUUUAUACUUAAUUACCUUUUAGUGUAUCUGCAUGCAAUUAUAAAACCUCUCAUAUUUGAAUAUAUUAUUGGUGUG